GGGCUUCCGGUGACCUCUGGCCCUUUCCUGUCGUCCGCUCCUGCUGCCUGGCGUGCUCGCUCGCGCGUUGCUUUCCCCCCCACGCUCCCGGCUUCCUUUCCACGCUGCCCGGUGACCGUGGCGCCCGCGACCGGCGCGGCGGCGGCGGAGGACAGUCGUCAUGGCCGCCUCUAAGCCCGUGGAGGCGGCGAUGGCGGCGGCGGCUGCUCCCGGUUCUGGAAAUGGAGUGGGCGGUGGCGGCGGGACUGGGGUCCCCGGCUCGGGCGCGGGGACCCUGCCGCGAUGGCACGUGGCGCUGGCCAUCGGGGCGCCGCUGUUGCUGGGUGCUGGGGCUAUGUACCUGUGGAGCCGAAGGCGGAGGCGCCGGGAGGCGGGAGGCCGGGGCGACGCCAGCGGCCUGAAGCGCAACAGUGAACGGAAGACCCCGGAGGGCAGGGCCAGUCCGGCCCUGGGCAGCGGCCACCCCGACGGUUCUGGUGACUCCCUGGAAAUGAGUUCUCUGGAUAGAGCCCAAGCAGCCAAAAACAAAGGCAACAAAUAUUUCAAAGCAGGAAAAUAUGAGCAAGCUAUUCAGUGCUAUACUGAGGCUAUUAGUUUGUGCCCUACUGAGAAGAACGUAGACCUUUCUACGUUUUAUCAGAACAGAGCUGCUGCCUUUGAACAGUUGCAAAAAUGGAAAGAGGUGGCACAAGAUUGUACAAAGGCUGUUGAACUUAACCCCAAAUAUGUGAAAGCUCUCUUUAGACGUGCAAAAGCCCAUGAGAAGCUAGACAAUAAGAAGGAGUGUUUAGAAGAUGUCACUGCUGUGUGUAUAUUAGAAGGAUUCCAAAAUGAGCAGAGCAUGCUGUUAGCUGAUAAAGUUCUGAAACUUCUCGGGAAAGAAAAUGCCAAAGAAAAAUAUAAGAACCGUGAACCUCUGAUGCCAUCUCCACAGUUUAUUAAGUCUUACUUCAGUUCUUUCACGGAUGAUAUAAUUUCUCAACCAAUGCUUAAAGGAGAGAAGUCUGAUGAAGAUAAAGACAAGGAAGGAGAAGCUUUAGAAGUAAAAGAAAAUUCUGGAUAUUUGAAAGCUAAACAAUAUAUGGAAGAAGAAAACUAUGACAAAAUCAUAAGUGAAUGCUCAAAGGAAAUAGAUGCUCAAGGCAAAUACAUGGCAGAAGCAUUGCUACUACGAGCCACCUUCUACCUGCUUAUUGGCAGUGCAAAUGCAGCCAAACCUGACUUAGAUAAGGUCAUCAGUUUGAAGGAAGCUAAUGUGAAGCUUCGAGCAAAUGCCCUUAUCAAAAGAGGCACCAUGUGCAUGCAGCAGCAGCAGCCUAUGCUGUCUACUCAGGACUUCAACAUGGCUGCGGAGAUCGAUCCUCAGAACUCAGAUGUUUAUCACCACCGAGGGCAGCUGAAAAUUCUCCUUGAUCUAGUUGAAGAAGCAGUGGCGGAUUUUGAUGCGUGUAUUAGAUUAAGACCCAAAUUUGCUUUGGCACAGGCUCAGAAGUGUUUUGCGUUGUAUCGCCAGGCAUAUACAGCAAACAAUUCUUCACAAGUCCAGGCAGCUAUGAAAGGUUUUGAAGAGGUCAUAAAGAAAUUUCCAAAGUGUGCUGAAGGCUAUGCACUUUAUGCCCAGGCAUUAACAGAUCAACAACAGUUCGGUAAAGCUGAUGAAAUGUAUGAUAAAUGUAUUGAUUUGGAACCAGAUAAUGCUACAACUUAUGUUCAUAAAGGUUUACUUCAACUUCAGUGGAAGCAAGAUUUGGAUAAAGGUUUGGAGCUGAUCAGCAAAGCUAUUGAAAUUGACAACAAAUGUGAUUUUGCAUAUGAAACCAUGGGAACUAUUGAAGUGCAGAGAGGAAACAUGGAGAAAGCCAUUGAUAUGUUCAACAAAGCUAUCAACCUGGCCAAGUCAGAAAUGGAGAUGGCUCAUCUUUAUUCACUUUGCGAUGCUGCCCAUGCCCAGACAGAAGUAGCAAAGAAAUACGGAUUAAAACCACCAACAUUAUAAAAACCUGGGGAAAACAGACUGACUCUUUGUAAAAGAAGUUUACCCCCUCUUCAACUGAACCCUGAAGACACUGUCAUGAAUUGUUGAAUGGUGGAACUUAGGAUUCCCUUUGUGAUGUUGUCAUUCAUUACAUCUGUUUCAUGUUUAGGUGUUGUGGGCGUGGCUGUUGAAGGAAGUUUGCAGUCUUGCAGCUUUUAUUCUCUGUGCAACAAAAGCUUAGAACCUGUUAAAGGGAUAUUAAAACAAAGUUGUAGAAUACAAACAGUUAAUUGGCCAUGCAAAUAAAAACUUUGAUUUGUU